UGCCGUGGAAAUAGCAAGUUGGGAAGUCGCCUCCUGGAGGUGGACUUGCAGUUAGUGAAGGCUGAGACUGGAGGCCUGGUUACCGAAGAAGCCAAGGACGGAGGAGGAGAAGAGAAGAAGAAGAAGACGAGGAGUGGGAGAAGGAGAAUCGUCGUGAUCGAGACGAUCGUCUUGAACCGCAUUGCGCACUCUCGUUGAACGUCGAGGCGAGCUUGAGAAACAGAGAGAAAGCGAAAACAGAAAUGGCUGCAGAAGACGACGUUCCAUUGGACGACAAGGCGAAGAGGAUGAGAGAUUUGCUGUCCAGCUUCUACUCUCCGGAUCCUUCCGCGUCCUCCGACGCUUCGUCCAAAUAUCCCUCCCUGGACGCCAUCAACACCACUUCUUUCGACGCCGAUCAGUACAUGAAUCUGCUGGUCCACAAGUCAAAUUUAGAGGGGCUGCUCAAGAGGCACGUGGAAAUGGCAGCCGAGAUAAAAAAUCUUGAUACUGACCUCCAGAUGUUGGUUUAUGAAAAUUACAAUAAGUUCAUCAGUGCUACAGAUACAAUCAAGAGAAUGAAGAGCAACAUUGUUGGCAUGGAAACAAAUAUGGAACAGCUCCUUGAAAAGAUAAUGUCUGUUCAAUCCAGAAGUGAUGGUGUCAACACCUCUCUUUUCGAAAAGAGAGAGCACAUUGAGAAAUUGCAUCGCACACGCAAUCUACUACGGAAGGUUCAGUUCAUAUAUGAUCUUCCGGCUAGGCUUAACAAGUGCAUCAAAUCUAAUGCAUAUGCUGAUGCAGUGAAGUUUUAUACUGGAGCAAUGCCAAUUUUUAAGGCAUAUGGGGACUCGUCGUUCCAAGAUUGUAAAAGGGCUUCUGAAGAAGCAAUGGCGACAGUCAUUAAGAACUUGCAGGGAAAGCUGUUCUCUGAUUCUGAAUCCAUUCAAGCACGAGCUGAGGCUGUAAUGCUUCUCAAGCAGUUAGAUUUCCCGGUAGAGAGUUUGAAGGCAAAGCUACUUGAGAAGUUGGAACUGUCUCUUAUGGAUCUUAAUCUUAAGGCUGGAGAAACAAACAAAUCUUCAGUGGAUCCAAAUGACAUUUCAAAAGAAGGAAGCUUAUCUGAGUUACUCUGCCCCACAUCUCAUGAGGCUUCUGUUCGGGAGUUUGUCGAGGCCGUCCGUGCUUAUCGGGUCAUAUUUCCUGAUUCAGAAAAGCAACUUAUUUCCCUUUCGCGGGAUUUAGUUAUCAAGCACUUUGAGACGAUGGAGCAGUAUCUUCAGAAAAGACUUUCUUCAUCUGAUCUUAUUACCAUCAUUAAAACAAUAUGGACGGAUGUGAUUCUGAUGGAUGAGGUCCUAAAGGAAGCUGCUCUACCUGAGUUCUCGCUGGAGGCUGCCCAGGUUGCUGUCAAGAAGUACAUAGCCAGAAAAUUUUCUUACCUUCAACAAGAUAUCUCAGAUGACCUUCUUGGGCGAAACGAGAACACUGAAAGUUAUUCCUUGCAGAUUGCCUUGGAAGCUGGCAAAAAGAGCAUUCUUCAAGGCAGCAUGGAUGUCUUGCUGGACUUCCGGCAACUUUUGGAAGACAACUUGGGGUUACUAGUUAAACUGAGAGACUUCAUUGUGGAUUGGGUUCAAGAAGGAUUCCAAGAUUUCUUUAGAACACUGGAUGAUCACUUUAACUUGCUUUCUGGGAAGAAGAAUCUUGCGAAUAAAGAGCAAAGUAUGAUGGAGGGGACACAAAGUGAUAAAGGUCUCAUGGGCCUUGUCUUGGUGCUGUCUCAAAUCUCUGUUUUCAUUGAGCAGAGUGCAAUCCCGAGAAUCACCGAGGAAAUCGCUGCUUCUUUUUCUGGUGGUGGUGUUCGAGGAUAUGAAUAUGGACCUGCUUUUGUUCCAGGAGAAAUUUGCCGCAGAUUUCGAUCAGCUGGUGAAAAGUUUCUGAACCUUUACAUAAAAAUGAGUACACAGAGGAUCUCUGUCAUCCUGAGAAAGAGGUUUACUACACCAAAUUGGGUCAAGCAUAAGGAGCCUAGAGAGGUUCAUAUGUCCGUUGAUUUACUACUGCAAGAGUUGGAAGCAGUAGGGUCUGAAGUGAAGCAGAUAUUACCUCAAGGGCUCCAACGAAAGCAUCAUCGUUCUGACAGCAAUGGAAGCACUACAUCUUCACGUAGUAAUCCAUUACGAGAUGACAAAAUGGGUCGAUCUAAUACCAAUAGGGCCAGGAGCCAGCUUUUGGAAACGCAUCUGGCAAAAUUGUUCAAGCAGAAAGUGGAAAUUUUCACUAAAGUUGAAUUCACACAGGAGUCCGUCAUAACUACAAUCAUAAAAUUGUCCCUGAAAAGUCUGCAAGAAUUUGUUCGACUUCAAACUUUCAAUAGGAGUGGGUUUCAGCAAAUUCAGCUGGAUAUUCAGUUUCUAAGGGCUCCUUUAAAGGAAAGUGCCGAGGAUGAAGCUGCCAUCGACUUCUUGUUAGAUGAGAUGUUACCUAACCUGGACAAAGGAGGACGAUCUCAGGGAGUUGACACCUGGCUUAGUUGAAUCUUCACAAAUCAAUCCCAUGCCACUAGCAAUUUAAGAGAAAUCUUCAAUUCUCAUUUUGCAAAAAAUUUUGUGAGGAAGAUUUCACACGCAGAAGCAUCAACCCCUCCCUCCAGCUUCUAGCUUUGAGUUUUUGGCUUUUCAUUGUCAUGCUAUUCAUUGGUCUUCUAUAU